GGCUCACAAUGAUGCAAGAGGCGUAGGAUCGUGUCCAGUGGCCACACUGGUUCUAAAAGCAGACAAUUCCAGUAUCAGAGCCGUCCACUGGCAUGGGCCCCGCGAUCGACGGUGGUACGACGACCGCCACGCCUCCGUCUUUUUCUGCUUCCCUCGCGCGCGCUCUUAUUCCACUACUCUGGUGAAGGAGGUCAGACUCCGGACCAUGGUGGAGUCCUCGAGGCGGCACGGGAAGGGAAUCCGAAGCCCCACGUCCGGUGCAGGUGCCGCCGCCUCUUCUGAUGCUCCUCCUCCGGAGCGGGAGACGGGGAAGAUGCGGAUCGUGGACUUCCUCCACGAGCCUCACGAAGGGGACGACGUACUGGGCGAUGUCGGGUCUCCGCAAAGGGGAGACCUUUUCUCUAUCGAUUCUUCGGGUAGCCCCCUGCGGAAGUUCCUCCCUAGGUGGCGGCUCUUUCCCUUCCGGAAGCCGUCGCUCUGCAGCCGCGGUGGAGAGACGGGACCGGGAUCGGGCCAUCCGGUGCCGUCACCUCAUAAGAAGAUGAAGGGGAGGGAAAGAGGAGCGGAGCAGGAGGAGGAUGCAAAAGAAAAGUCGAAGAUGGCUGAGGGGAUCGACGGAAGGGAUUGCGUCCGCUCGCUGGACCCUCCCGCAGGACCUAGGAAACCUGAAGAGGUAUCUUUUAACCUAGGAAUGGGAAUAGGUAUGGCUCUCGCACUGUCCAGGUGGUCCACCGAAUUCAACAAAAUGACAGAGCUCCGGGUUCAAAUGGAAAUGUUGCUCAAAGAAAUUAAAGAAGAAAUUCCAAAGAAAGACACUGGUUUUGGCAUCAUAAGAUCAAACCAUAAUUUUGUCUCUUCAUUAUCGGAUUGUAGCAGGGAUGUCAGUGAAUACAACCCUAUCUCCUUCCAAAAUCACAGGGCAGAUUUUCAUAUGGAAGAGGCGAAGUCAACCGUGGAAUCUGAUAGGCAUUCAAAUAAUGAGCUUGACAAUGAGAACCAAAGUAUGGAUCAACUGGAAGCAGAGCUAGCGUUCGAACUAGGGCAGCUGCAACUAAACUUAGGAGGGAAGGAUUCUAUGAAGCUCUCAGAACAAGAGAGAAUGGAGUUAGCCCAUGAAGAGGCAAGUACUUCUGAAAGCCAUGAACCUUCAGAUGAAAACCACAAUGUUCAUUGUGGUGUUCCUGCAAGCGAACUGGAGAGAAGGUUGUACGAACUUAUAUGCUCGAGACAAGAGGAACGGAUUGCAGAGUUAGAGUCUGCGCUGGAAUUCACCAGGAAAAGGCUCGUUGAAAAAGAAAUCAAAGUUUCUUGGUGGAAGGACACAGGGAUGCUUGCUUCACCUUCGCUACAACACGAAGAAGAGAUGCUUUCUAAGAGCAAGGAGAUCUUGCAUGAAACGCUGGAACCUGGAGUGCCGUUGCUGGUGUUCUGUGACAUGGUGAGAGACGGUGUGAUGCUGCGGAUUGAUCUUGAUAAUGCAUCCAAGAUGAAGAGGUCACUGUUGCAGCUUAGAUGGUUCAGAUUCCUCGAUGCCUGCCCGCAUGGUAAGAGCAAGUAAAUUGCAGAUCUAUCUGCCCCCAUCAUUAUUGACAUGUAUCACGUGAAAGUUUCUCGGGCCACGUUGACCUUGUAGAGUGAGUAGUGUCAAAAGGUGACGCCACGAUCUUUCUUCUUGUCCUUCUGAUGUUUGCUGUACUGCAGAGCUUUUAGUCAUUAAGCAGGUCAGGUUGGUGA